UCUGGCUCGGCUCAUUUUCCUUUUUUCAAUUAGACCGAAACCCAGCACUCACUCACCACCACGCAGCGUUACCAGCUUCUCCGACGCGACUACCAUCACGCGCCGCCAUCCGAGCAGCGAAUAGAUGUCGAAGACUCUGGUGCAGCCUGUCGGCCAGAAAAGGCUGACAAACGUGGCGGUCGUCCGCCUGAAGAAACACGGAAACCGCUUUGAGAUCGCCUGCUACAAGAACAAAGUCCUCUCAUGGCGCUCGCGCGUCGUGUCGAUCGUUGAUUUCUGUCGUCUUGUUCGGAGUUGCAUCCUUCGAACAGAGAAAGAUUUGGAUGAAGUUUUGCAGUCUCAUACUGUCUAUUCCAAUGUUUCGAAAGGUGUUCUUGCCAAGUCGAAGGAUUUGAUUGCAGCAUUUGGGACAGACGAUCAGACUAAAAUAUUUGUUGAGAAAAUUCGGGUUCUCGAGAGAGUGGAGGUGCAUAUUUUGGAGAAAGGAGAGCUACAAGUUGCAGGGAAGGAGAGGGAGUCGCAAUUGUCGAGUCAAUUUAGGGAUAUUGCAACCAUAGUUAUGCAGAAAACUAUCAACCCUGAAACACAGAGACCCUAUACCAUCAGCAUGAUCGAGCGACUAAUGCAUGAUAUCCAUUUCGCAGUUGAUCCAAAUAGCAGCUCCAAGAAACAGGCAUUAGAAGUCAUCCGCGAGCUUCAGAAGCACUUUCCCAUCAAGAGAUCUCCUAUGAGAUUGAGAUUAACUGUACCUGGAGGGAACAUCUCAUCUCUUGUUGAAAAGCUCAACAGUUGGAACUCUACUAAUAUUUCUAGAGAAGAAUCUGGUAGCAAGCUGUCUGUUAUUUGUGAACUGGAACCCGGGCUUUUCCGUGAAUGUGAUUCCUUCGUGAGAACCCUCCAAGGAAGAUUGGACAUACUUGCAGUCAACGUGCACAUGGACAACGACACUCACGUGGAAAAUUACGACGACCUCGAAGACGAGCCAGCUGGCGUGGCGAGAGAGACUAUUAUUCCUCAACUGACAGAGAAAUUGCAGAAGCAGGCUAUUUCUGAAAAACAAGGUAGCAGCAGUUCAAAUGCAGAGGAAAAGCAAAAGCAGAAGCAGAAAUGCAGCACUUGCAAUGCAGUUGUGGGUGAUGCAAAAGAAUACAGGGAGCAUUUCAAGGGCGAGUGGCACAAACAUAACCUGAGGAGAAAGACGAGGCAACUCCCGCCUCUUACUGCAGAAGAAUGUACGGGUGACUUGGAGCUCGAUGACUCGAAAUCUGAUCUGAAAGACUAUUCGUUUUGAGGUAAGGAGAUUGAAUCUUUGGUGGUGCACCGUAAAUCUGUUUUUUCUUGUAUCUUCUGUGGAUUUGAUGAAAUCUGUGAAAUCGCGAAGUGGAAAUAUUCGUGUACGAAUGACGUUCAUUUUGGAGUUACAUUGUUGUUUGCUAUUUGUGUUCCUUUGAGUAGGUUUUUUGUCGUCUCGUGGAUUUUUUUUAUAUGUUGACUGAGGAAGUUGCUCUGAAAAGUCUUAUGUCAAGACACUUGAACUUUAUGUUUACCCUAUUUUUUACUCAAAGCACCACUUUAUCAAAUU